AUGGUAGACACGCAAUCGAGACAGCUCUCGUCUUCUCCCUCUUCAUACUCGUCGUCCGUCUCCCCCUCUCCAACCUCCCCCUCCUCCGUCUCUUCACCCCCAUCCCCUCCUCCCUCCUCCUGCUCCUCCUCCACCCCCUCCUCCUCCUCCCCCUCUUCCUCCUCUUCCUCCUCAUGCCCCUCCUCCCCCUCCCCCUCCCCCUCCUCCUCCUCCCAUUCCCCCUCCCCCUCCUCCUCCUCCCCCUCCCCCUCCGCCUCCCCCACCUCCCCUCCUCUCACCUCCGCCUGCACCACCUCCCCCACCUCCUCCCCCACCGUUCCCAACACAGCCUGCCACCCGCCCUCCACGCGUCUCCUCCUCCUCACCCCAGUCCGCCCCGACUCCUCAUUAAACCGCCUCUCAGCCAAGCGCGGCCGCCCCUCGGCUGCUCCGGGCGGUAGGGGUCUGCUGGGGUGGGGAAUCGUGCCGGCGGGGGGAGGGGAGGCUCUGCGCGCGCUUGUGGGGGAGAGGGGGGCGGCGUGGGAGGCGGUGGUGAGAGUGGAGGUCAGAGAGACGUCUGAAAGCGCAGGGCGCGCGCGGGGGGUGUUGGCGGCGUGUGCGCCAGCAGCAAAAGCGGCUGUGACAGCGGCAAGUGGGUGUCGCUGCAGUGGGGUGUAA